AUGACAGUUCAUCUCUUGCCAUUCUUCCCCUCUCUGUGGGGUCCUGUGCUAAACUUGGGGACAUCAUCUCAGGAAAUCAUCUCAGGAUCUAAGCACACAGCAAUUUUGAAUUGGUUUCCAGCAUUUCCACGGCUCCUUAAGAUCCUGACAACUGCUUUCCUGUCAUACCCCAUGCUCAGGACCCUUAGCCUGGAGCUCCGUUCAGCUGUCACUGGCAGCUAUGUCUCCGGCACUUAUUCCAUCGUCUUUGUCAACUGUCCCAAUGAGCAAAUUGCUAGAGAUAUCGCCAGGGCUAGCCUGGAUAAGAAGCUGGCUGCCUCUGUGAACAUCCUGCCCAAGGCAUCCUCACUGUACUUUUGGAAUGGAGAAAUCGAAGAAGCCACUGAGAUCCUGUUGCUAAUAAAGACAAAGACUUCCAAGGUCCACGCACUGUCCAGCUAUAUCAGGUUGGUGCAUCCUUUUGAAAUCCCAGAAGUCUUCAGUCUUCCCAUGGACCAAGGAGACGUCCACUACUUCAAGUGGCUGGAGGAGGGCAUGGAGGAGGACUGAGGGCGGCGGGGCUUUUGUGUCUCCUGAUGGCUGCCUCGAGCCUGCAGCAGCUGCGCUCUGGGAAGGGGGGCUGCUCUUUGCUUCCCAGCGCCCCUGGAUUCUGUGUUUUUGUCAGCAUGGAAGAACUAAGGGACUUGAGCUGAAGGUCUGAGCCCCUGAAGCUGGAAGAAGAGGCUGGGUUGGCUGGGACAAGCAAGAACCCGGUGGAAUUUGUCUCAAGUGCUUCAGACUUAAAGGUGGCGGGCGGGUGGGAAGGCAGGGACAGUUAUGUGGGGAGGCCAAGGGGAGGCGGCGCUGAGGGUGAGGUUUGUCGUCUGCUCCUUCCGUCACUGGGCCUACCUAAGUGUCCAGGAUGCAUGGACUCUCCUGCUUCUCAGGAGGGGAAGCCUGGUGACCUGUUCACCCGAAGUGUGUGGGAGGAGUGUCGCCUUCUAGGGGAACUGGCAAGCGCUUUAGCCAAAAGGAUGAAUUGCUAAUGGUAGAAAUUCAGGGACAAGCAGGAUUAUUUCUUGCAACUAAAGAUGCUCUUUGUUAUUCCUGAGUCCCGAGGGGCUUCAUGAGUGUGGGUAGGACUGGGGAAUAUUAGGUAUCAGACACAGCCCCACGGCUUAGAAGCAGGUCUAGACUCCCGCAUAGCCUGAAUGUGACAGGUAUCUGAAGGUUCUGGUACCUUGCUCUUUGGAGACAUAGGUUCUGAGCCCACGGUACUAACCUUGUCACAUGAGUGUUGAAACUGAGCAUCCUAAAGUGGAAGGCCCCCUGGGGACCUGCCUGACCAGUGUUUUCCAGACUUGUUCCCUUGGGCCUUAGGGGUUGGUGGAAGGUAUCCUGGGUGCUUCCUGGGUGGGGAUAAGGGUAUGAGGCUCCCCACCCAUGCCUCAACCUCCUCACCCAUACCUCAACUACCUUUCAUCGUUUUUAUGUAUUAAGCUCCCUUGUAAGAUUUUCGUUUUUUGUUUUUGUUUAAAUUUUCUUGGUUAAAAGCUAGUAAACCAGUGGUCCAAACCAGUCUCCCAUUUUAUAGAUUACCAAAGGAAUUGGAACUGCACUGAGGUCCAGCAAGGGGGUGGUGUGUCUGGCACUUGCUCACCCCGUGUCUGGCACUUCUCUGCCUGCUCCUGGGUCUCAGGUGGAAGAGGGCAGAGAAGGCAGGGCCCAUUGGAGUGAAAAGAAAGAGUUGAGCUAAGCCUCCUCCAUGAAUCUGUCAACAAGGUAACCUCGCUCUGGGGAGACGCAGGGGCAGUUUGGAUGGGAGUCCAUAGACCUCUGUGGAAUCCUGGGUCUUCCCAGAGGGAAGGGUAUUUAUUGCCAGGCUGUAGUUCUGACUCGUGCUGUGCUUCUUAAACCUAAGUUCCUCCAAAUACAAAAUGGAGGCCCUCCCGGGGCCCUUCUGUGAAGCCCUUAUUGGGACUUAAUGCUGAUGCUAUUCCAAAGAUCCAGAGGAUCCUUUCUUGAUAGCCAGUGGGGAUUUUUGAGCUGCCUCAGGAGGAGAGAGAAUGAUAAUGGUGAUGUCCAUUUUUACAACAGAUGUUUCUGAUACACGGGAAAAUCUUAAACCUUAGUGAAAAUGCUUUGGGGGCCACAGUGGGAUUGCCUCUGUUGCUUUCGGGUUAGAGCCCGGAUUCCUGGUCUGGCCUUCACCUCACUUUUUCCAUCUUCACCUUCCACUUCUCCUUGCCCACGCUGGCAAGGAGAUGGAUCCAAUAUGCUGUGUGAAGUUAUUCCUGUGUUCAGGCCUCCCCUCGACCCGUAGUGCCCUCCUGCAUGAAUGCCUGGGAAAUCUGGCUGCUCCUUGUGAGGCCGGCUCCCCUGCUUGGAAGGAAGCUCUCUGGCCUCGGUGUCCCUGUUACCCUUGUGUAUCAUAGUCAGCCUCCUGUUUCUAGAUCAUGAGCUGCUCAAGGUCAAGGGCAUGUCUCGAUCUGUUUGAUCUCUUGCACAGGAUUUGGCUAGUAUGUCCCAAAUUGAUGUUUCAAGGAUUUGAAUAAAGCUUUCUCUGUAGCCCACAGUUACUAAUUUAUGGAAUUGGCAAAACCCAGCAUUUUUUCUUUGAACUUCCUUAAAGUGGGACUAAUUCCUAAGGAGAUUUUUCUAUUUCUGGCCUUCACCGGGCCGUUUUCUGUGCUAUGCACAAAAAACUGCUUCUCAGUGAACUUCCUCUGCCUCAGUGUCACAGCUGGCUACAGGAAAUGGGAGAGGAGAGGACAAAUGUCAGCUCUCUGCCUAGUGCUCUCCUAGAUUCUCCUCAUUAUUUUAUCCUUCUAAUUCAGUGUUCUCAGCUGGUAACUGACUUCUGAGAUCAGAGAGCAUGACACUUAAAAUACUUGGCUGAGCUAGGCUGUGAACCCACGUGUCCAAUUCUUGAUCUGACGCUCUUACUGUCUCCUUCAGAGAGGUUGGACAUAUCCCUUUAUAGGCCAAACAACUAGAGAGCCUACUGUAGCCAACUCUAAAUGAAGGGUUAUUGGGUCCAAAAACAUCCGUGCAGUAAGUUGGUCUGGCACUUAAAAAUAUAUGGUAUUGUUUCCUUCUCCCCACAGAUCUGGAGGCUGGUGACAGGAUCUAAUUCUGUAGAUGAGGGAACAGAUCUAGGGGAGUUCAGUGAUUUUUCCUGUCUGCGUGACUCCCAGCUUACUUACCCUAGACCACACUGUCCCCGCAGAGUGCUGCUCUGGGCUUGGCCCUAGACUAGCAGCUUCAUACAGGAACGCCUUCCCAGCAUUUCUCAGGAAAAGUCUGUUUUGAAUCCAGACUCUCCAGAAAAAAUCACUUGAGAAAAUGAGAAAAAAAUAUUAAAAUUAUCUGUGAAUACGAAAGCUUAAAAGCAUAGAGAUGUUAACUGGCUUGAAGAAAUCAUCAGAUUAAAUAUAAAGAGCAGGUAACACCAGCAUGCAGAGUUGAGGGUGAAAGGAACCAGGAUGGGAGCGCAGGGGAGAAAUGAGUCAGUCUUGGGUUGUUGCUGUGUCCCAGGUGUGUCUGGCUAGCUGUGUCUGCUGCAAACUGUGAGUUAUUUUUGCAGAUAACUUUAUGCACUUAGUAUACUUUAAACAAAUUCUGUGAGCUUUGUUUGAAGACACUAACUUUGGAUGCAAAAUAAAUUUUAAUUGA